CUGAUGUUGACGCAUUUCUCGAAAAGUAGCAACAAAGUUGUAAUCCGUGGAUUAUAAUUUAAUUGUUGGGAGUUCACUUAGUUAAUCAGCAUCUUUUCUUGUCGAAGAUGAGUAUGGCCGUGUCUCCCGAGCAGAAGAACAACGAGAGAAGACAGCAGGUCUUUCUCGGUCCGCUUCCGUCGGAUUUCCUUCGAAUCAACGUGUCUGCUCAACAGCUGCAGGAGGCCGCUGACCGGCAGGCAGCAAUGGCCCUGCAACAGCAAUAUUCUGGAAUGCCAGCCUAUCCCCAGCAAAAUUAUGUAGGCAAACUCAACAUUACCGUGGCUCAGGCCAAACUUGUGAAAAAUUAUGGAAUGACCAGGAUGGAUCCCUAUGUGAGGCUUCGAGUUGGACACUGCGUUUACGAAACUCACACUGACAGCAACGGAGGGAAAAAUCCGCACUGGAACAAAGUCGUCCAGUGUUUGCUCGCUCAGAGAGUGAACAGCAUCUACCUUGAAAUUUACGACGAGUGCUCAUUUACGGUCGACGAGCUCAUUGCCUGGGCCCACAUUCCCAUUCCAGAAGCUGUUAUGAAUGGGGAGACAAUUGACGAGUGGUACGCGCUGAACGGAAAGCAGGGUGACGGACAAGAGGGAAACGUCAACCUCGUACUCAGCUUCUCGACGCAAGCACCGAACAUGCCUCCUCAGGCCUACCCUCUCAUGUACCAAUCUAUGACGGCCCCUGUUGUCAUGGUACCCUCAGCUACAGGCUUUGGUGUGCAGCCAAUGACUGUUUACCAGAUGCCUCCAACAAUGCCUCAAGCCCAGCAGCAGGCACCACCUCCAGCACCCCAAAUAACCGAGGAGGAAUACAAGAUGAUUGAAGAAAUGUUCAAGAAUAUGGACAAGGAAGUCAUCCGAUCCGUCUUCGAAGCAAACAGAGGCAACAAGGAGGCAACCAUCAACAACUUGCUGCAGAUGAAUGAGUGAAGUUUGUGAUUUGUAUGUGCAUGAAUUGAAAAGGGCCAUUUUUAUUUGCGACGAACGUCACGUUAAGGUAAGUCAAAUUGAAAGAUAUUUUACUAAAAGUAUUGACCUUGUAAUCCAGAAAUUACUCAAUUUACACUUCCUUUUGCAUAAUGCAAUAUUAUAUGCAAUCAAUACUUAAUUAGGGUGUCUUUUAGUAUGUAUAAAAAUGCUUCUAAAUAAUUUUCAUAUGAUACAUAUAAUGUGUGUUCAACAAAACAAGUUUUUAAAAAGCUGCACUUCUUGGAUGACAGUGCUUUAUUUGUUACAAAGCUAGACCUACAUUCGUAAAUUUCACACUUUGGACUUGGAACACAUAUAAUUUCUUUCCUUUUGUGCCAAAAGCUGCCUCUUAGUCACCCUUCUGUUUCCGGCAGUAAAUUUAAAGUAUAUAAAAAUAUAAUGUAUUUGUUAUGCGGUAACAUGUUUAAAAAUAAAGGUCUCACGCAAAGUGAGAUUGGAACUCGUAACAAGCCAGUUG